AUGGCAUCGAUGAAGUUGCUGGAUUACAAGACGAGAUUUGCGCUGUGGCAAGUCAAGAUGCAGGCGAUUCUAGCACAAUCUUCGGAUCUUGAUGAGGCGUUGGAUAGUUUCGGAGGCAAAGGGCAGAAGUCAUGGACCGCUGAAGAGAAGUGGAAGGAUUGUAAGGCUCUAUCUCUGAUUCAACUUCAUCUACAUAAUGAUAUUUUGCAAGAAGUGCUGCAGGAGAAAACUGCCGCAGAACUUAGGCUCAAGCUGGAAUCGAUCUGCAUGUCUAAGGAUCUAACCAGUAAGAUGCACGUGAAGAUGAAGUUGUUCACACACAAGCUGCAAGAAGGUGGUUCGGUGAUGAACCACUUAUCGAUAUUUAAGGAGAUCGUUGCCGAUCUAGUGUCGAUGGAGAUCAAGAUGCAUGAUGGUAUGAUACGCACACUGAAAGAUGUGAGACACAUACCAGGGAUGGCUAGAAAUCUCAUCUUCCUUAGCACACUUGAUGCCGAGGGGUACAGACACUCUGGUUCAGGUGGAGUGUGUAAGGUAUCAAAAGGCUCUCUCAUUCAUAUGAUAGGUGAUAUGAAUUCUGCAAAGUUAUAUGUUCUUAGAGGAAGUACUUUACAUGGUUCCAUUACUGUUGCUACUGUUCUAAUGAUGAACCAAGUAAAACUAAUCUCUUGCAUAUGCGUCUUGGGCAUAUGA